GCACCACAACACGGCUGUGCUGGUCCUGGCAGGUUGACAGUUCUCAAGACUCUUUAACUGCGGGUCAGUGAGCGGCCCAUUCUGACAGAAAAUUGGAUUAGUACAACGGGCACGGUUUAAGAAACGACUUUUAAGAGCGACUCCUCUUUCGUCACGUCAACCCUCGAGACCGUCGUGUGUUUGACCUCUCGCUCAGGUUGUUCUGUAUUAUUGCUCGCCUCGUCCCAACAAUAUCCUGCUUAGUAACCAGCCGCUGCGGACAUGUCAACAUCCAGCGAAUGCAGCUACAGCUAUGAGGAGUACAAAGAAACAUCAGACUGGCUGCUUGCUAACACAGACAUCAGGCCCAAAGUGGCAAUUAUCUGUGGUUCAGGACUCGGUGGAUUGGCUGACCUGCUGGAGAACAAGAAUGUGUUUCCUUACGACAAAAUCCCGCGCUUUCCCCACAGCACAGUGCAAGGACAUAAAGGUCAGCUUGUGUUCGGAGAGCUGAAUGGGAAGCAGUGUGUUUGCAUGCAAGGCCGUUUCCAUUUCUACGAGGGCUAUAACGUUGCCACGGUCACCUAUCCAGUAAGAGUGUUUUUCCUUCUCGGGAUUGAGACCCUGAUUGUGACCAAUGCUGCUGGAGGGCUCAAUUCUGAAUUUGAAGUGGGUGACAUCAUGCUCAUCAAAGAUCAUAUCAAUAUGCCUGGAUUUGCCGGGCAAAAUCCCCUGUGUGGACGCAAUGAGGAAAGAUUUGGAGUGCGCUUUCCCUGCAUGUCCGAUGCUUAUGAUAGAGGCUUGAAACAGUUGGCCAGGAAAACUGCCCAAGAACUGGGCUGUGCCUCUUUUCUUCGGGAGGGUGUUUACUGCAUGUUGGCUGGACCGUCCUAUGAGACAAUUGCAGAAUGCAAGGUUUUAAAACAGCUUGGGGCGGAUGCUGUGGGUAUGAGUACCGUUCCAGAGGUGGUGAUCGCUCGGCACUGUGGGAUGCGCGUGUUUGGACUCUCCCUAAUUACCAACAAGGUAGUGACUGACUACGACAGCGAUGAAAGGGCUAAUCAUGAGGAGGUCCUGGAAACCACCCGUAUGCGAACCCAAGUCCUGCAGAAGAUAGUCAGCAAUUUAGUGACAAACAUGUAGCACAACCAGCAACUACAUUUACUGUAGUACAGAAAUCGUGGGACUAUUCUUGAAAUACUUCCACACAGAUUUGCACUAGAAUGUAGAAUGACAUACAGUAACCUCCUUGAUACUUCUCAUGUAUUGGUGACACUUUACAAUAAGGUCCAUUAGUUAACAGUAGUUAAUGUAUUAAAUAACAAUGAACAAUUAGUUAAUCUUUAUUAAUAUUAGUUAAUAAAAACCUAGCCGUUCAUUGUUUGUUCAUGUUAGUUCACAGUGCAUUGACUAAUGUUAACAAAUACAACCUUUGUUUUUAAUAAUGUAUUAGUAAAUGUUGAUGUUAACUAAGAUUAAUAAAUGUGGUAAUGUUCAUUGUUACUGAACCUUAUUGUAAAGUGUUACCCAUGUAUUUUACUCAGGAUUCGGGUAACUUUACGAACUUUGCAGUGCCUCAAGACUUUCUAAGUGGAGUCUUUCUAAACUUUCUAAGUUUAGGCUAGGUUCAUUUUGUUUACUUUUGACCUAUCAUAUCACAUCGGUAUUAAUAAUGACACGUAUACUGUGAUGCAUUAACAUUCUUCCUUAAAUGAGGGCUAAGAACAACUGAAAUUAGCUGUGUUACAUAACUAUUAGUAUUCCUGUUACUAGGUCUUGAAAAAAGAGUUAACGAACAAACAUACAUGAAAAGGGACAAACAUAGACUAACACUCUAAUACAGUGAUGCAAUCAUUUUCAACUGUAUAAAGGGAAUUUGGACUAAAUGAGAAGGGUAGUUAUUCAGUACAAUCAGUUAAAAUAUAAAUUGAUAUAUUAAAUAAGCAGAUGUUUAUCUUUUUAGGUUUUUUUUUACUUUGUACUUGAUUUUGACUCAAAUUUAACAAUAAAAAAUUAA